GACCUCGUAUGCUAUAACCUUCUAAAACGACGCCACUGUUCGUUCGAGUAUCUUCGGGAAAUUGCCUGCUGGAAUUUGGCUAAAAACUUCACACCGAUUGUAAUACUAUUUAGACAAUUGACGUAAUAACUGUUUGAUAUUUAUGGUUUAUGUGUUUCUAUUUGGGCUAUUAGGUAGUUGAGCUUCAAUUUUAUGUCAAGACAGUGUCUUCAUUGGGCAACGAAAAACAUAAAAAUUUAUCACUCGACAAAUAAGAACAUCGACGAGAAUCCCGUCGAACCAAUAUGAAUCCUACAAACAAAUUUGAAUUUGACUACACACAAACAAGUAGAAUUCGUAGAAAAAUAAAGACUAAACUCUCAAAGUUUAAACAAAGAAUCCAGAAUGAAAUAGAUGAUUGUCGCGGUAAAGAGUUCGGGGAAGAUAAUGCAUCUCAAAAAUCGUUAGAGAAGAAAAGACGCAACUCUAUUGGAUCUAUAAAUAGUGCCAGCAGCGAUGACAAGGGAGUCUUCAUUGCUACAGGAGAGAUUAGCUCGGAAAAUAAUUGUGCUGCAUUCAUCCUCUUCGGAUUCGGAACUUGAAAGCGACACCGAUAUAGAGACGCACACCACAUACAGGAUAAUAUUAGGCGAUGGAGAGACCGCUCUGGAGAAAAUCGAAAGAAAGCUGAAGGAAAAAGGAGAUCAGAUAUCGGACCACAUACAAAGGUACUUCCAGAAGAACAGUAGGGUACAGGAUGUAAACAAAAGACUAAAAUCUCAAAUAUGGAGCUCCGUAGUGACUAUAGUUUUAGUUGAAGGGAAGAAUCUCUUGCCAUGUGAUCCAGAGACUGGGACGUCAGAUCCGUACGUCAAAUUUAGUAGAGUAGUGUGGCGAUCACUGAAUCCGAGAUGGUUAGAACAACUCGACCUCCAUCUUUACGACGAUGGGGACCAACAGCUAGAAAUCACCGUAUGGGACAAGGAUAGAUCCAGGGACGACUUCAUAGGAAGAUGUGUGAUAAACUUAGCACAAUUAGAGCGGGAGCGAACGCACAGUAUCUGGCAAGAACUGGAAGACGGCGCUGGUUCGUUGCACCUUUUGCUAACCAUAAGUGGUUACCACUGCCUCAGAAACCAUAUCGGAUCUCACUACGUACGAGGAAAACAUAAGGGAGCGACAGAUGGUCGCUGA